AAGACAAAGCAAUUCAUUCACUACACACUCAUUGAUGCGAUCCCCCUUGAAGCACAUGGUUUAAACAUGGAGUCGGCAAAACUUCAUCCUCAAAUUCAAUGUUUCUCUUUUGCAAAGUUAGAUUUCUUGUUACACGGUUCUUCCGAGCACAGUCCCAAGGGAAAAAAGGUAAAGCGGGAAAAAUCCAGAACGUUGGCGCUACCAAGAAUCAAGGCUAAGAAACACCAAAAGAAAAAAGAGAAAGAGAAAGAAAAGGAAAAGGAUAAAAAGAAGAAGAAAUCUGAAACCCCUUCUUCGCCGCCGCCAAAAAAGCCUAUAUUUGGAAUACCCCUAGAGAAAGCUGUAAAGCAAAGUAUCUUGCCAGAUGGUGUGGAAUUGCCCCGCCUCUUCCGUGAGGGAAUCAUGUAUGUGGAAGAAAAUGGGCUUAAUGUUGAAGGGAUUUACAGAGUGUCUGGGGUCAAGUCUAAGGUUGACGCUUUGAAAGAACUCUAUGACCAGGGAAAGCAAGUGGACUUGAAGGAAUACGAGCCUGAGGUUGUAGCCAGUAUCGUCAAGCAAUAUCUCAGAGAAUUACCUGAGAGUGUCCUUACUAUGAUGCUAGCUCCUCGCUUUAAUGAGCUUAUUGGAAUACAGGACAAAAAGGAACAGCUAGAGAAGACCAAGCAACUCCUUGCAGAGCUCCCCUCUCCCAAUAGAACUCUACUAGCCUGGACAAUGGUGCACAUGGGCCAUGUUAUUGAUAAGGCCUCAGAAAAUAAAAUGAGCCUUCAAAACAUCAGCAUAGUCCUAAAUCCAACAAUGAGUAUCAGUCACGGCGUGCUCUUUAUUUUCCUCUCAAACUUGGCAGAGCUUUUCCCAAAUACACAACUUACCUCAUAUAACGGCCCCCUGACAUUUAGACUGGAGGAGGAUGAAGCAGACUUGCCAAGUAGCCCAGAUGCAAUUGCGACUGCAUUGGCCAAACAAGAGGCAAUCCUGGCCAAUCUCCACAAGGAACUCAACGCCUCGAAAGAUGACAAUUCUGAAGGACAAGAUGAGCUUUUGUGGGAAGUCCAAAGAAAAGUCACACAACUAAAAAGAAAGCUGAGAGUCGCAAGGAGAUCAUCAGAAUCAAAGCUUGCUGAGGAACAGAGGAAGUCUGCAAAAUCAGAAGCAGAGGAACAUGACGAGCUCAUCAAACUCCUAGAAGCCUCUGAAGCCGAGUUAUUGAUUGAGCAAGAGGAGCUGACUGCUACUGGUGCCGAACUUCGUAAACAGUUACAGGCCGAGAGAAGCGAAAUUGAGCGAUUGACCGAGGAGAUAUCCCUAGUUCUUGCAGACAAAGACGCAGAUCCGGUUUUCUCCGACAACGAACGAGGCUCAGAAUCUUCAGGGAGCGACACGGAGGUUGACGAAGUAGAAUUGGAUAAUAUCUACAAAGACCUUGUAAAACAGAAUGAAGAACUCGAGGUAGAAAAAAACACUAAACUUUGUCACGACCUCCACGACCAGCGCGAGGCAUGCGCAGAACUUAAGGUGCAAAUCCGCAUCUUUGAGCAACGAGGAGAGAAUGAAGCACGGGCAGAACAGGACAAACCACAGGAUGACCGCCCUACGAAAUCUCCGAUUGCAGCAUCAUAAGGCUGCUAUCGCGCGACGAGAAUCACCGUGCAAAUCGCCGUAGUUAGCGUAGUAUUUUUGUUUCGCAUGUGUGUUUAUCUCAAACGCGCACCCAGUCGUUAACUGUUGAUUUUGUCGACGAAAAUAGGCCAUUCCAGCUAUAAUCAUGCGCGCGCACUCACCAUGGGAACCUACCUCAACUACCGGCAUGCAGCGCGCGCUUCGUUUGAUGUAAGCUUAAAAAAGCGCGCGCUGCAUUCUGGUAGUUGAGGUAGGUUUCUAUGGUUAUGCGCGUGCAAACCUAUAGUUGGAAUGGCCUAUUGAGCCAACUCCUAUAGUUGGAAUGGCCUAUUGAGCUCCUGAAAAUGACGAAGAUGGCGAGCAAAAACUUUUGGAUUUACCCGCAAUGCAUUGCUCGUCUUAACGAUUUUUUUUUUUAGAUUCAAUUUUUUUCCGAAAAAAAUAGGAGGCUUUGGUCGACUCGUAGCGAGUUCGUCUUAACAUCUAACGGAGGUCAGACUGAAACGUCCGGGUUUUGUUUUCUCAGUUCUUGCUUUUUUUCAUGUCAGACAGUCCCGUUAAUCUGGUCAUUGUACAGUAUCAUAUAUAUGAAAACAAACAAAAUUGCAGCGUUAGCACAAAUAACACAGAUAUUAUUGAAUGCUCUUAUACCUAAAAACAUACUAAAUUUUAUGUUAUUCUAGAUUGUGUAAAAUCUUUUUCUUCUCCAGUGUUACACUGACUUAUUUGUGCCACCAGAUUCUGGUGAUGGAUACAGAGUAGUUAAAAAUGAGUUUUGUCUUAAAAAUAUUAUUUUAGGUGAAAGGACAUUCUUGAAUUAAAUGGCUAUCGAUUCUAAAAUCAAUGUAUAUUUAGUUAGAGAUUAUUAUAGAGAAAUAGUAAUUAAUUAAGUAGUAAUUAAUUUUGCAGUUUAACGCAGGAAUAUGAAUUGAUAGAAAAUGUAGCCUUUUUUGUAAAUUGGGUUUGCAUCGUGGCCGAACAUAAUGGAUGCCUGGAA